CAAGAGAAAGAACGCAAGCGCAGUGGCUGCUGGAGGGGGAGGAGGGAGGCAGAUGGAGACUGGAGCAUAAUGGGAUUGAGACAGCAAAAAGGAGGAGUAGAGACAGGCCGACAGAAGGAGAGGGAGACAGGUUUGGGGUACGCCUGACCUUAAGAAGGGAGGGGAGCUCCUUCGCUAACCACACACACACACACACACACAUACACACACACACACACACACAGUGCUAACAGGCAGAGGCAGAGUGUCGACCAGCAGCCAUGACAGACGCCGACUGUCUGAGUGAGGCCCUACAGGCUAUCAGUGUGAGUACAGAGCUGAUUGAAGAGGAGCUCAAGCCUCAUUUGGACACAAUGCUUGCCGCUCUUCUGGAAAAGAAGAAGGAUGCUGCUAUUGAGAUCGCAGGAAGUGGGAUUCUACCCACCCUGGCUCAAGCCUUAAGGAGCAAAAGCUGCCUGAGCUGCCAGGUGGCGCUGGUGGUGGCAGAGAUGGCAAGAGAAGCUGCGGUCAGAGAGCCAUGCAUCGAGGCAGGCCUGGUGAAGGUGCUGGUUCCCCAUUUGAGCAGCAAUAACCAGGAGAUGCUGCUGAACACUGGCAGGGCCAUCGGACGCAUCUGCUUCGACAGCUCACACCAGCAGGACCAGUUGGUCCAGAGCGGUGUAAUCCCCAGACUGGUGUCCAUUAUAAGGGAGUAUCCAGAGAACGAGCCCCUGGUCAAUGUCUGCCUGCUGGCCCUUUGUAACCUGGCUGACAUGGACUCUGCGAGGGACGCCCUGACUGACCUGGACGUGGCAGGUAUACUAACCGUUCAGCUGAAACGGGCGCCGGACGCAGAACGCCGACAUAUAAUCCUGGAAAUACUAGGCUCACUGGGCGAGAGCGAUACACUGAAGCUGCAGUUCGCAGAGUCCGGAGUCCCAGAGGCUUUGUCAGAGAUGAUUCAGGGUUUGCAAGGAGGUUCUGACCCACACGACCUCUGCAGCAUUAAGAUCGCCUCCAACCUCAUCGUGUCCCUGCUUUUGGGAGAUGAGUCCAUGCAGAAAUGUUUUGGUGAGGGAUCAAGUCUUGUAUAUCAGGAUGUUCUGUCCUGGCUGCAGAGCCACAACAGCCAGCUGCAGCUCUCCGGAGCUCUGGCCAUCGCCAACUUCGCCAGGAACGACAGUAACUGUGUGAAGAUGCUGGACCUCGGUGUGGUUCCUCACAUCCUCACCUUGUUGGAGCAGCAUGUUGAUGAAGGAGACGUGUCUGUUCAACAUGCUGGACUGAGCGCACUCAGAAACCUGGCCAUCCCUGCCGCCAACAAGGUGCGAAUGCUGGAGGACGGGGUGACUGAGAGGAUCAAGACCCUGUUGCGCUCUGACAUGCCGCCAGUUCAGUUCAAACUGCUAGGAACACUACGCAUGAUGGUGGAUGGACAAGAGGAGGCAGCUUUGGCGCUGGGGAGGGACGCUGUGCUGCUGGCUCGAGUCAUGGAGUGGUGUGAAGCCAAAGACCACGCAGGAGUGCGAGGAGAAGCCAGUCGCCUCUUGGCUGCCCUCAUCCGACACAGCCGCAGCCCCGAAGUGGUCCAUGCUGUAGCCAAAGCAGAUGGAGUUCGGCACCUUAUCUCCAUGGCAACAAGUGAACAUGUCAUCAUGCAGAACGAGGCCCUAGUUGCCCUGGCGAUAGCAUCUGCCAUUGACAUUGAGUCCGUGAAGGAUCCGUUUAGGCAGGCCGAGCUGUUGCCAAUGCUGAAGAAGAUGUUGGAGGAUCCUGUUGGGGCGGUCGAAGUCAAGUUCAGUGCUUUAGGUCUGAUCUGCAGCCUGGCUGACUCCAAUGUAAUGAAGAUAGAGUUGAACUCUGAGAACAUGAAGGAAAGCCUCAGUGCGCUGACAGAACAUAGCAGCAGUAAACUUGCCUCUCAGGCCAGCUCCAUACUGGCCACUCUGAACGACACCAGCUAAACCAGCACGCUGCUCGAACACUGGAUCUCAUCUGAGGAAUGGAUCCACUGCCUCUUCAACAACUCCAACCUGGCGAUGGGUCAGUGGUCCUACCCUUCAACUAUAAAUAGCUAUAUGUCUUUUCAAAAAACAGUUCUGUCUUCACAGGAAGUUUAGGCAACAAAUAAACAUCAGCUGAACAACACCACACCCCCACUAAGUGACUCCAUAGUUAAUGGUUAAGUUGUCAGUUCAUUUGUAUAAUGCCUCUCCAGUCUUCCGACCACAUAUUAACAUACUAGCAGAGACUAGCGAGUAAUUAACAAGUUUAUCGACAUUAAGGAUCGAACGUAGCUAAUGCCAAGCAUGACAAAACAAUAUCAAGGUUCACUUUUAGUUCCUGUGGGGAGCCAUUUACCUCCACCUGCCACCAGUGGACCAUCCCUCUCUUCAUCCUUCAUCAUAGAAUGCUCAACAUUUCCCACUGAUACCUACCAGCUAUUCAGUAGACAUUCACUGUGCAUAGCUAACAUUUAGAUUUAGUGAAAAGGCAAGUUCACAGAGUCCAAAAUGGAAGGGUUUGUGUCUGGUGAGCAUGAGGAAUUCAGAAAAUGUCUAUUUAAUUUAGACAUUUCUUCAAUAAAAAUGCACAGUAAAUGUAGUGUUAACCUACUUACACGGUGGGGAAGUGAUGAAUAACUAACACGACAAUAUGGCACGAGUUCCCUAUAGUUAACACUUACGCAGACUAUAUGCUAAGGGCUUUUAUUGUGAAAAGCAGGAUCUGCUGUACGCUUCUUUUGUUAAGGUUGAAAGGUGCAAUGAAGACUACCAUCUUGGUUUGGGGUGGUGUACACUAUAGUGUGCAUUUGGAAUAUAUACGUAUUUGGUGUUCUGUAAAGUUACUCAUGUUUGUAUGUUGACGUGGCAAAUAACUAACACUCCCUGUGUGUAAAGGCUGUGAGGUGUUUUUAGCGGCUGAAAACUAUAUAACCGUCAACACCCCUUAAACCAUAAAAUGACUACUGUCCUUCUGAAUAAUGUCAAACAGAACUAUUAAUGCAACCACAAUAACAAGCAAUAUAUAUGUAUGUCCUUAGGGUAGCAGCAAACAUCACACCCAACCCAACUUGGUUAUGCUUAAUGAACUUUUGAUGGAUACGGAAGGAAAUGUUUGGUUAUUGUUGGCCAUCGUCAAAAAGAAUAAAAAUAGCUUCUGGUACUGCUUAUAAUCCGAUGCAAAGGGAGCAUGCUAUGUCCGCCUGAGGUCGUGUUCACACUAUUCUAGAAAAACCCAACCAAGACGCUUCAUAAUCAGGGGCAUUGAUUGGAAAUGCGUCUUUCUGUGGGAGCUAGCUUGUGGAUACACUUUGCACAUACUGAAUGCGUUACUUUCUAAUUAUUAAUUCAGGCACAAUGUCCACAGAGGAUGCGCCAUUCAGUUGAAUUCAUUAAGGGGCAGCAGUAGGAAUAACGAUACUCAGCUCCACAUCGGCCUCGCAUUGUUGGGCCGACUCAUUAUCAUCAUGUCGGCCUCUACUAGUUGAAGUGGGCAUUGACCUUGAAUGGUUGAGGUAAAACGUGGGCCGAGUGUGGUUUAAGGUUAAACCUUCCGGUUUGACAUCUAAUGCAAACAUGAUGUUCUACAUCUCACAGAGGAAUCCUACAAGCACAAUGUGAACAAGCCAUUUGCACAACAUCAUUGAACAGCAUGCAUUAACAGUUUGUAAAUAUAUAAGUGUACUACAGUAGGCUACACCAGACGAAUCAGUGUGCAUCUAUAGUUGAGUAUGGAAGAAAUUGUGAGCACGUGUGGUCUACACAACAUGAAUAAUUGGGAAAUGGACAGAAGCCGCAAUUCUGCUUUAACAUUCGAUGUAAUAUAUGUAUUGACAUAUUUGAUAUAGAUAGCUUUCACUUUAAAUCAGUGAACAAAUGUGUAUAUUUUUCAGGGAGGGCAUUUGACCUUCUCUGAGCUUUGUUCUAGAGAUAAAAUAAUAAAGUUAUGCAGUGUCAUCCCCAACAAGGUGUCUAUUGGUGUAUUUUUGAUUUGAUGAAUGAAUAUGAAAUGUGUUGAUCUCAUCUAUUGACAUGUAUAAUAGGGUGAGGGUGUUUUUUUGUUGUUUUUCUCUGCUGAUAAAGUAAACCAAUGAA